ACCACUUGCUUUGGCAUUAGUCACAUAUUCCUGCAAGUGCAAACUGCGUUUAUCUUGAAAACGCAAGAUGCCCAAGCAAAGACCCAACCCUUCACUGGAAGUAAAUAAGAAAAAGUUAGGCCGCCAGCGUCAGCGCCAACCAAAAAAGAAAAGAAUUGCAGCAAUGCGAAAUACAGUCAAAUUGUAUGAACCGGUUCAGGUUCCGCCCGAGUGCGCUUGGCGAAUGGCACUGGUUCAGAUAUCAGGUGCAACAAUGCAACCGAAAAAGUCGAGACGACGUCGUAAAUAUCUGAACACCAAGAAUCAGGUGCAGUUAGUAGAUCAAUCAGCUGUUGAGGAUACACUAGCAGAUUUCGAAGACUGGCCAACCGAUGACUUGGGUGUAUGCCAACAACCUGCAUCUUUGGAAACGGUUGAGCAAAAAAUUACAGAACUCCAACUAAAUAACCCGAAAGCCAGCCAAUUGAAGGGUGUAAACACGAAGAAGGCGAAUAAACAGCGUCAAAAGCAGCGGAAAAAUAACAGAACCAAUAAAGCAAUUCAGCAAGCUCAGCUACAGAUCCUUCUGGAACAUGAAUUGCUCGGACAAACUUCUACUUAUGGUGCUCUGGUGAAUAAUUCAAACACAUCACAAACAUCCAACAUAUCAAGACCAAAAGACUUUGCAUUAAUGCCGCCUGAAUUGCAAGAAGACCCAAAUAUGUGGAAAUAUUGGAAAAAACGGCUGUACCUUUUCUCCAGGUAUCCUGAGGGAAUCAAACUGGACAAAGAGAGCUGGUACAGCGUAACGCCGGAACCUAUUGCAAGGAUGAUUGCUGAACGGCGCCAUUACGAUUGCAUUAUGGACGCAUUUUGUGGCGCUGGCGGAAACACUAUACAAUUCGCAAAAACGUGUGGACAAAAAGUUCUAGCCAUUGACAUAGACCCGAACAAGAUAGAAUUGGCUCGCCACAAUUCCAGGGUAUAUGGCGUGGAGGACCGAAUUCAGUUCUUCGUGGGAGAUUUUUUUGAAUUGGCAAAAAUGGCGCCUCAUUUCCUGAAAGCCAACAUGAUCUUUUUAAGCCCACCGUGGGGUGGUCCCAACUAUGUGAAGGAUGGACUCUUUGACAUAGAGACGCUAGAACCACGUCCUGCAUCGGAGCUGGUGAGAGAAGCUCGAAAAAUCAGCUCUUCGGUCACUUUGUACCUGCCCCGAAAUUCUAACAGAGACCAGAUCCAAUCGCUUGCGGAUGAAAACGAUAUUGUGGAAAUAAAGGAAAUGAUGGGUGGAUCUAAAGGACAGGGAAAAAGUUUCCAGGCUUUAGUCGUGUAUUACACGUUUUGUGAUUAUUCAAUACCUACUCCUGCAGAUGGCAGUUUAGUUUUUGUGACAAAUCCAUGCCAAAGCAAAAUCUCCUCUUCAAAAUUAGGAGAUUAAGAUUAUAUCCAUAAUAUAUCACUAAAUUAUCUCUUAACACAAGAGUAAUAACUUCUACUCGUAGUUCAGCAGGGCCGGCCGUAUUAUAUAGGUAACAGCUUGUUAUUAUCAUUAAUUAUUAUUGUAUAAGAAAAAAAACGGGAUAAUGUUAGAAGUAGGGAACAAAUCAUUUUAUUUUUAUUGAAUAUUUUUGAUUUGUUCUUUUUCCAAGUAGUCACACUACUAUAUAUAAAUUACUUAAUAUAAAUUGAAAUAGAUAUCAUAGACGAAAGUGGGCCUUGCCGUUUUUUCUUUCGUGUAUGAUAUCUAUUUCAAUUUGGGAUAAUGUUAGGUUAAGGACUAGCUCAUUCAUCUUAAGUAUAAUUAGUAGGUAAUGAGUAUAAAUAUAAUGAAACAAUUUGUAAUUAAUAAUGAAUAAUAUAUACAACACAUUCUAUUUUAUUUUUAUAUUUUUGUAAUAUUUGCACAUUUAUAAACGACAUUAAAGACUAUUUAUGUAUAAAGUGUACCUAUUAUUUCGAUUUUCUUGAGCCCAUUUACACAGUGUGAGAACUCUCAUACGAGUUUCAAUACAUUGCUGUAUUUUAUUGGUACGUUUAAAUUAUGAUAAAUCUAAACUCAACAUUCCGCAAUGUAACAUAAUAGAAUCGCUUGCAAGUUCGCACACUGUGUUAACGGGUUCUAAAUUUAUGAAAUGGCAAUGGAUAAGAGUUUUGAAUGAUUCACGGUUAUUUUCAUUAGACUUAUAUUGACCGGGAUAUAGACCGUGAUUACCUUUUUGAUUUUUGUCGAGCUCCCGGUAUCCCGGUCAAUAUAAGUCUAAUGGCAAUGGAUAAGUAAUAAUGUUAUAAGAAACGGCUUAAAAAAAAUCACAUAUAUUACUUUAAGCAAAGUAAUAUAUGUGGCUUUACGUUACCUUUUUAAAAUAGAUCUCACGUGUGGCUUGUUCACCCUGUAUAUUGCAAUUGCAAUAUUUUCAAUGCAAUGGAGCAGAGGCACGUUCA